UAGAUUUAGGGGUGCUUUUGAGCCCCAAAACCCGCGUCUCGUUCUCUCUUCGCUCCCUCAGUGACUGCGAGCACUCUUUCUCUGAAUCUGAAGUGAACUCAGUCGAAGCUGAUACGGAUCCAAAUCUUCUCUUAAGCAACGAAAAGGUGUAGCUACAGUCAUUCACAGAACAUCAGCCAAACAGAUCGCCACUGCACUCACUCGGGCCCAAUCUGAGAUUUUCUUGGAUUGGAUCCACAGGUGUUACGGGAAGACAAGUAGAAAAGAAACUAUGAUCGGGGUAGGGAAGAUCAAGCAAUACUCUAACGUGCUUGACAAACCCCUUAGCAAGGGCAAACAAGAGGUCAGUUUAAGUGCUUUUGCAUUCUUGUUCUCAGAGCUUGUUCAGUACAAUCAGACACAGGUUGACAACAUUUCUGAGUUAGAACGCAGGCUUGAGGAUGCUGGGUAUGCUGUUGGUGCUCGAGUUUUGGAACUUCUUUGCCAUAGGGAUAAGGGGAACAGAAGAGAAAUGCGAUUGUUGGGUAUUUUAUCUUUUGUACACAGUACUGUAUGGAAGGUGCUAUUUGGAAAGGUUGCUGACUCACUUGAAAAAGGCACUGAACAUGAAGAUGAAUACAUGAUCAGCGAAAAAGAGCUCCUUGUGAAUCGAUUCAUUUCAAUUCCAAAGGACAUGGGUACAUUUAAUUGUGGGGCAUUUGUUGCUGGAAUUGUAAGAGGUGUUUUGGACAGUGCAGGUUUUCCAGCAGUAGUUACAGCUCAUUUUGUACCUGUUGAAGGUCAGCAACGACCACGAACAACCAUUUUGAUAAAGUUUGCCGAAGAGGUUCUAGUAAGAGAAGCAAGGUUAGGUUGAUGAUUGUAGCAGGAUAUUUUCUUGUCAACACACUGCAACGUAUUUGCGAAUGGCAAGUCUUGAACCGGGCAGCUGCAAUCGUGGAUUUUUAUGAGUAAAUACUGUCAAUCAUACUUGUGGGAAUUUCAGCUCUCUUUGAUUUAUUUUGAUGUUUGUGAUUUACUGAUAGUGAUUAUUAAAAAGGGGGUUGAUGUUGAGUAAAUGUUGCAUCUGUUGGUGUUUUGAUGGGCGUAAAUGGAUUGUUUAUGGUCAGUCAAGUAAGCCUCCCGGGUGGAAAUGUGUCAUUGGAAAUCUAGUUUUGCUUCCGUACUACAGUAUUACAUUAAUGCAAAAUUUCUUCAGAAGUAA